AUGGAGGACUCUAGUUUGUGCCUUGGUGUGUCUUCAGCAGUAUCGGACGCUGACAGAGACCAUCUGAACAACGCAGUGCUAAAUGGCCGAUAUCCCAUCAGUCAGAAGCUCCACCAGCUGACGGCCCAGCUGGGCCACGCCUUUCCCGACCUACAGAGCCGACAGCAGAUCCCUGAGGAGAAAGCUGCCACCCCAUUGGAUGAGAAGAGCCACGCUGCCCUGGCCAGUCAACCAAUCAGUAGUCAGAUGGCACUUCUCGCCAACCAGCUCAACCGGGACAUAGAUGCAAGUGCCCUGGCCAACCUGAAUGGGCGUGUGGACCUGCAGCAGUUUCUCAAUGGGCAAAACCUGGGCAUCAUGUCCCAGAUGAACGACAUUGAAGACGAUGCCCGUAAGAACAGGAAGUACCCGUGUCCGUUGUGCGGCAAGCGAUUCCGCUUUAACAGCAUCUUGUCGCUGCACAUGCGCACACAUACAGGUGAGAAGCCUUUCAAGUGCCCCUACUGCGACCAUCGAGCAGCACAGAAGGGCAACCUCAAAAUCCACCUACGCACCCACAAGCUGGGAAACCUCGGUAAGGGACGCGGCCGCGUCCGUGAGGAGAACCGUCUUCUACAUGAGCUGGAAGAGAGGGCCAUCCUGAGGGACAAGCAGAUCAGGAGCAGCAGCCUCCUUCAGCCAGCCCAGCCCCUGCAGCACCAGCCACACCUUGGCCCUCAGACCCAGCAGCAGCAGCAACAGCCUGGCUCUGCCUGUGGCCUCCUCACCCCCACCAGCCUGGGAACUCCAGACUCCCUCUCCCAGCCCUCGUCCUCCCCCAAGCCGGCCGGCGCCCAAGAUGACCAGGCCCUGAACCCACCCACUGGAUUCCGCUGCACCUUCUGCAAGGGCAAGUUUAAGAAGCGUGAGGAGCUGGAUCGUCACAUCCGCAUCCUGCACAAGCCCUACAAGUGCACCUUGUGUGAGUUUGCUGCCUCGCAGGAGGAGGACCUGAUCAGCCAUGUGGAAAAAGCCCAUAUCACGGCCGAGUCAGCUGCGGGACAGGGUGCAGCUGGCGGCGCUGAGAAGCCUGCCAAUGAGUUCCGAUGUGAGGUGUGUGGCCAGGUCUUCAGCCAAGCCUGGUUCCUCAAGGGCCACAUGCGCAAGCACAAGGACUCAUUUGAACACGUCUGCCAGAUCUGUGGUCGUCGCUUCAAGGAGCCCUGGUUUCUCAAGAACCACAUGAAGGUCCAUCUCAAUAAGCUGGCCAUCAAGAGCAAGCCCCCAGCAGAGGACAUAAACGCUGUCAACACCAUGAACAGCAUGGCCCAGGAGGCCCAUGCUAACCUCUACUCACGUUACAUCUCCUGCCUGCAGGGCGGCUUCCUAUCCCCAGACAAACAGGGUCUGAGCGAGCAACACCAGAUGCUGGCCAAAGCCGGCAUUGCCAUGAAAGAGAAGGAGAUGCUGGGGAAGCUGCUGGGCCCAAUGGCAGGGAUGGGCCAUGGCCUUGGCGAGGGGGAGAAGCGCUCUCUCCUGGGCUGCCUGAACCUGGUGCCCCCCCUGAAGUCCAGCUGCAUGGAACGCCUCCAGGCGGCUGCCAAAGUUGCAGAGAUGGACCCACUGAAUAGCUAUCAGGCCUGGCAGAUCAUGGCACGAGGCAUGGCCAUGGACCGUGCCUUUAUGCCCAAGGAGCAGCACCAUGAGCAGCACCAUGAGGAGAUGGCCAAUGCUGCCGGCAUGGCCUUCACUAAAGAGAAGCAUGACUACCCUAUGAUGUGCUCCAACGAUGGCUCCAAGCAGAAGCAGCACAGCGAAGCUCUGCAUGGCUCGAAGGCCGGCAGUGGAGCCAUGAUGCCCCUGAAAGACGACGGAGUGGGCUUCGACAGCCAUCGUGACUUCAUGCCCCAUCAUGGCGGCCAUGGCAUGGGCCUGGUCCACGGCCUGGAGUACAACCACCUGACUAGCCUGAAAGAGAAACCCACAGAGUGUCCUGACUGUGGCCGGGUCUUCAGGACAUAUCACCAGAUGGUGGUCCACUCUCGGGUGCACAACAAGGAGCGGCGGCCCAUAGAAGAAGCCAUCCAGCAGCAGAACAACACCACAGGACUGGAUGAGCGGCGUGGCUCAGCCAGCGACCCCGAGUCCCAGUCCAUCAGCAGGUCCACCACCCCUGGAUCCUCCAACGUGACGGAGGAAAGCGGAGCCGGAGGAGGCCACUCCCAGACCGGCAGUGUCCGAGACGACAGCCCACACCCUUCCUCCCCAUCCUCAGAUGUCGGGGAUGACCUGGGGAAGACAGCGGGGAGUGUUCAGCAGGCCCCAUCCCAGCACAGGGACAGGAGCCUGGGCUCGGCCAUCAAGGACUGCCCCUACUGUGGGAAGACCUUCCGCACCUCUCAUCACCUCAAGGUCCACCUGAGGAUACACACAGGAGAGAAACCCUACAGGUGCCCUCACUGUGACUACGCAGGCACCCAGUCUGCCUCACUGAAGUACCACCUGGAGCGCCACCACCGUGAGCGGCAGAAUGGCGGCGGCCCCUCCUCUGGACACGCCCCUCCCUCUGAGCACAAGGAGGAGCACGGCAAGGGUGGCGUCUUCGCACGUCCUGAUGUCCUCCGCGGCGUCUUCAAGGGCAUGCCCUCCAGCCUGGACUUCAGAGGGGGGCCGUUGCACCCCCACCAGUGGGCCCUUCCCGGUAUGUUGUCCCCCAGGGAGCGCGAGAGGGACAGAGAGAGAGAGCGUAAUGGCCUGGGAUCUGACACUCCCUCUGAAAGCAUGAAGAGCCCAGAGGGCCCCUCCGCCGCAGACGUCCCAGCCAGCUUCAGAGACCUGGGUCGGGCGUACCAGAGCAUGGUGGGAAACGGUGUCAACUUCCAGGGCUCCCUGCAGGCCUUCAUGGACAGCUUCGUCCUCAGCUCCCUGAAGAAGGAGAAGGAGAUGAGAGAGAGUCACCUGCAGUCCCAGCAUUACUUUGAGAGUGGUGAGCCCAAAGCCAAGAGGGAUGAUACUGGUGAGGAGAAGGCUGAGGCCAAGCCCUCAACGGGCAAACCCGGGUCCCAGUACGAGCCUCUGGACCUGUCUGUCAAUGUCAAGCCUGAAACAAGCUCUCUGACUGGCUCCUCUGUCACCUUCCAGGACAACGUGGCGUGGCAUGGCUGCCUCUUCUGCUCCUUCACCACCUCCUCUGUGGAGCUGAUGGCCCUCCACCUGCAGGCCAACCACCUGGGCAAGGCCAAGCAACGCAAGGAGGGCAAGGAGCACCAGGGGGAGCCCUCCCACUUCCUCAAGGCCAGCAUGGGCCCAGCCCACCUCCAUGACAAAGACAAUGACAGAGAGGGGGUGAAGAGCCAGUCAGCCUGGUCCAACCACAUGGAGCCCCAUGCCAGCAUGGGAGCCUUCCAGAGCGACUUCUACAAGCAGUAUGGAGGCAUGUACGAUGGCUCCCCAAGGACCCCAGGCCUCCAGGGGUUUGGAGCGACAUGCCCUGACCCAGCCCUGGAGCAGCAGAGCCAGGCCAGAGAAACAGCUGGGGAUGAGCUCUCAGACAAGGCCUCCUGCGGGGAGCUGGAGGAGCAAGGACAGUCUGAGGAUGAGGAAGGCAGGGCCGGCGAGCGCUGCCACAGCACCGAGUCCUCCUCCGCCCAACCGGAGAGACAGCGACCCCACUCUGAUGACGAGGAGGAAGAGGAGGAAGAGGACGGGGUGGAGGGGGAAGAUGAGGACAGUGCCACCUAUCAGAUGCCGAAGCAGAUGCAGGCCGUGUCCCCGGCUAGAGAGGCCCAACGACCAGGGGUCUCCAUGGGCCCUGGGGCCCCUUUCCCUCCCCAGUCCCGGCCUCAGCCGCCCCUGGAGAAGCAGUGGCAGCAGGGCUUGGGUCUCCUUUCAUCUCCUGGUGGUCCCCCGGGGCUGCUGAAGCCGGAACAUGCCCAUCUCGAGCAGCAGAUGAACAUGCUGUCCGUCCUGAGGGCCUACAGCUCGGAGAACCUCGCAGCGUUCAACGGCCUCGGAAGCGGCUCAAACAGCGGCAGCGGCAUCAAGAGACCAGACGCACCCGGUCACGGAGGUCAGGGGGGUCGGAAGCCGUUCCAGUGCAGGUACUGCUCCUACGGUGCCUCUCAGAAGGGCAACCUGAAGACCCAUGUCCUGUGUGUCCACCGCAUGCCCUUUGACAACAGCCAGUACCCUGACCGCCGCUUCAAACGCUCCCACGUCGACUCGGACACCUCAGGGAACUCUGAGGAUGGGACCACCAGCUACCCCACGGGAACCCGGGGGGGCAUGGCCGAACCCCCUCUCCCUGGAGACCCCCUGCAUCCAUGA